CCUCCGUCGUCCCAUUCCAUAUUUCCUCGCCUUCCAUCCCAUCCUUUUCAUCCUCGACCUCCCCACCCCCCUGCUCGGAACUUGGAACUUGCACCUUCCACCUCUUUCACUCUUUCCCGUCCCUUUCGCCGUCUUCUCUUCUCCCCGCGCAACCUUCGAUACCUCUCGAUACCAACUUUCGCUGUUUUUCACACCACGCGAGCCUCACCCACGACAACUUUGCCUAGUUACACCAAGUCCUUCACACACGAACCUUAGUCAACAUGUCUGGAUACCCUCCUCAGCAGCAGCCCUACUACGGCGCCCCCCCUCCUCCUCAGGGCGGCUACCCUCCCCAAGGUUACCCCCCUCCCGGCCAGCAGCCCAUGUACUACCCUCCCCAGGGCCAGGCCCCCCCUCCCCAGGAGGAGAAGAAGGAUGACAAGGGCUGCCUCUACGGCUGCAUCGCCACUCUCUGCUGCUGUUGGCUCUGCGGAGAGACCUGCGAGUGCUGCCUUGAGUGCCUGACCUGCUGCUUCUAAUCGCCAAGAAAAGCAAUAACAAACACGAAGUUUCUGAGUGCGACAACACACCAAAGAGAUACCAUCACCGUCACCUUCAUCACCUCACCACCUCAAGAACGCGACCACGGCCUCGAGUUUCUUUCUUUUUUCUGGCUUGGAAAGCCGGUGCGGAUGGGCCAGGCAGUUGGGAAGGAAGGAUGGCUUGCGACUUGGCAGGACGGCAAACGCGAACCUGGUUGAGGCACACGACUACUCGUUUCCGUUUACGAACCAGCCUUCUCAUUCUUAAUCUGUGGGGAUGAAGCGGAAAACGAACACCCACCCCUCGCCCUGCGCUCUUUCUUUGUGUAUAAUAGGGGGUUGGACGGGCUACACGACAUCGUAGCCCCUACGGAACUUUUUGUCCCCCUUUCAUCGAUUACUACCCUCUCCUUACGAUUACCCCCAUGGCGAUUACGUCUCGCUCACAUUUUCUUAUCGUUAUUUGGGGUGGGAUAUUUCAGCCCUUUUCUUGAUUGGAGGAGGAACACACACGUCUAGCAGUGAGUGUGGUCUUGGACUACAUGAGAUAGGUAUAGACCAACGAAGAAACCGAUCC